UAUUUCCAGGCAGGCACAGGGCUGCUGGGUAGUGAGCCAAUCCACAGCUUUGUCUGAGCAGCUGAGAACUUUGCCGGAGUAUUACCACGGUGUUCAGUAACACAGACCUGUGCCAUGAGCAACUAAAGCACCGAGCAAGUGUCAGGGUCAAUAUUUAUAGACCACUACGUAGCUGCCUUGCAGAGAGAGAAAACGGGAGAGAAACACACACACAGAGGGCAAGGAAAGACAGACUGCAGUGGGGAGAACAGUAAUUUCCAGUAUUUUUGCUUAUAAAAUUCUUUAUCACUGUCAGGUUCAAACUUCUGCUGAAUCAUAACCAUUCACCGCUGAGCUAUGACAAGAGAGGAAACAAAAAGUUAAACGAGCCAGCCUGCCGUAAGUGAGAAGGGCCAUGACCAUCAUGAGGGCGGGAAAACGACCUCUGGGCCUUGAGGUUUGUGCAUCAGAGUCUGAAUAACAAGUGAUGCUGAAGCUGAUUCAGGGGGCCAACACUAUUGGAAAAGAUUACUAUAUACAAAUCUCUAGGCCAGUGGGGAUGGGAAAGAUACUGCCCAAGGAAAUUUACAGAAAUGAAAACAAAAUCACGUCUGAUCUGUGAUCAUCUUAUAGUUGCAAAUUUACUUGAUAACAUGCUUUUGCGAAGCUCAGGAAAAUUAAAUGUGGGCACCAAGAAAGAGGAUGGUGAGAGUACAGCUCCCACCCCUCGUCCAAAGAUCUUGCGUUGCAAAUGCCACCACCAUUGUCCAGAAGACUCAGUCAACAAUAUUUGCAGCACAGAUGGAUAUUGUUUCACAAUGAUAGAAGAAGAUGAUUCUGGGAUGCCUGUGGUCACUUCUGGAUGUCUAGGACUAGAAGGCUCAGAUUUUCAGUGUCGGGACACCCCCAUUCCUCAUCAGAGAAGGUCAAUUGAGUGCUGCACAGAACGGAAUGAAUGCAAUAAAGACCUUCACCCCACCCUGCCUCCCCUGAAAACCAGAGAUUUUGUUGACGGACCUAUACACCACAAGGCCUUACUUAUAUCUGUAACCGUCUGUAGUCUGCUAUUGGUCCUUAUUAUUUUAUUCUGUUACUUCAGGUAUAAAAGACAAGAAACCAGACCUCGGUACAGCAUCGGGCUAGAGCAGGAUGAAACGUACAUUCCUCCUGGAGAAUCCCUGAGAGACUUAAUUGAGCAGUCUCAAAGCUCAGGAAGUGGAUCAGGCCUCCCUCUGCUGGUCCAAAGGACUAUAGCUAAGCAGAUUCAGAUGGUGAAACAGAUUGGAAAAGGUCGCUAUGGGGAAGUUUGGAUGGGAAAGUGGCGUGGCGAAAAGGUAGCUGUGAAAGUGUUCUUCACCACAGAGGAAGCCAGCUGGUUCCGAGAGACAGAAAUAUAUCAGACAGUGUUGAUGAGGCAUGAAAACAUUCUGGGGUUCAUUGCUGCAGAUAUCAAAGGGACAGGGUCCUGGACCCAGUUGUACCUAAUCACAGACUAUCAUGAAAACGGUUCCCUCUAUGAUUACCUGAAGUCCACCACCCUCGAUACAAAAUCGAUGCUGAAGUUAGCCUAUUCUUCUGUCAGUGGCCUGUGUCACUUACACACAGAAAUCUUUAGCACCCAAGGCAAACCGGCAAUCGCCCACCGAGACCUGAAAAGUAAGAACAUCCUGGUGAAGAAAAAUGGAACUUGUUGUAUAGCUGACCUGGGCCUGGCUGUUAAAUUUAUUAGUGAUACGAAUGAAGUUGACAUCCCACCCAACACCCGAGUUGGCACCAAACGCUACAUGCCUCCCGAAGUGUUGGAUGAGAGCUUAAAUAGAAAUCACUUUCAAUCUUACAUUAUGGCCGACAUGUACAGUUUUGGACUCAUUCUUUGGGAGGUUGCUAGGAGAUGUGUAUCAGGAGGUAUAGUGGAAGAAUACCAGCUUCCGUAUCAUGAUCUUGUGCCCAGCGACCCUUCUUACGAGGACAUGCGAGAGAUUGUUUGCAUCAAAAAGCUCCGUCCCUCAUUCCCCAACAGGUGGAGCAGUGAUGAGUGUCUAAGGCAGAUGGGAAAACUCAUGAUGGAAUGCUGGGCUCACAAUCCUGCAUCAAGACUGACAGCCCUACGUGUUAAGAAGACACUAGCCAAAAUGUCAGAGUCCCAGGACAUUAAACUCUGAUGUGAGGAGAAGAAAUAAGCGUCUCUGGAGAAAGCCAGGAGAUAUUCUUCUGUUCGUGGGCAGAGCAGAAGAUGUUCCAGAAGUAUCCACAGUACAAGCCUUGAACAUCAUCCUGCUUCCCAGUGGGUUCAGCCUCACCUCUCAGGGAGCAGCCUGGACAAAGAGAAGUUCCCAGAAACACGUUCUCAUCGUAUCUGUCUGUAGGAGGGAGAAAGUGCUUGGGUAACUCGUUCAAGAUACAUGAUGCAUGUUGCUUUCUAAGAAAGCCCCAUAUUUUGGGAUUGCCUUUUUUUUCCCCCCCAAAAGAUGCUUUAAUUUUGCCAAAAUAGAACAAAUCAUGUAGAAGUUUUAAGGUUUAUACUGUUAUAGUUUAAUAAAUAAUAGCAACGAAAGUUCUUCCCAGAAAUUCUGCUGGAAGGUAAAUUUUAAAAUACCUUUUUCCAUUAGUGAAAAUACCU